GUUUUACCAGACUUAUAGAAAUGACUCUUACACAAAUACUGCAAGUUGCUGCGAACAAUAUCUCUGAGGCACAUAACGCUAUAAACAGUCGUCUACGUAAUGUUGAUCCCUUAUGGUUAGUACUUGGUACCAUUGGUGGUACACUUGUGUAUGUAAAAGUGGUUCGACUUUAUCGGCGAAGUGAAGAACCUGUAUUUAAACGGCUGUCUGCCUAUGCAUUCUCGCAGUUUCGCCGUCUUCCCAUGGUGAAGGCAAAGAUCGAAAGCGAGCUAGCUGAUGCAAAGAAGGAAAUGCUUGAAACAGUACAUAAAGAUGACAGCGAUAAAGUAUUCAUUACCGAAAUUCCCGAAGAGGGACUUCCAGCUGACUCGGUUCUCGAACUCGCCAAGAAAUAUGAAUUGUAUGGCAAAUUUGCUAUUAGCGAAGGUCGCGUAUCUGGUGCAGUGUAUACUGAUAGAUCAGCGGAACACAUAGACCUGCUAACAAAGGUGUAUAGUGCGUAUGCCUAUUCCAAUCCGCUUCACCCUGAUGUUUUUCCAGGGGCGCGAAAAAUGGAAGCAGAAACUAUCCGAAUGGUUCUCAAUCUCUACAAUGCUCCAGCGGAGAGUGCUGGAAGUCUCACAACUGGUGGUACGGAGUCUAUAAUUAUGGCUUGUUUGGCUUACAGGAAUAGAGCCCAUCAGCGUGGAAUUGAAUAUCCAGUCAUUGUUUGUCCUAUAACGGCACAUGCUGCAUUUGACAAGGCUGCUUUCCUAAGUGGUAUGCGUGUUCGGCAUGUUGAGGUGGAUAAGGACAAUCGAGUAAAUGUGAGACUCAUGGAACGGGCAAUCGAUUCCGAUGUUUGCAUGCUUGUCGCUUCGGCACCAAACUUCCCUUCUGGUAGUGUGGAUCCAGUCCCGGAAGUAGCUCAGUUAGGAAAGAAGUAUGGAAUACCAGUACACGUUGACGCAUGUCUUGGCGGUUUUCUCGUUCCAUUCAUGGGCGACUGUGGCUUCAACAUCCCUGUAUUCGACUUCCGCAAUCCUGGAGUGACAAGCAUAAGUUGUGACACUCACAAAUAUGGAUGCACACCAAAAGGAAGUUCCAUCAUAAUGUACAGAUCUAAGGAACUACUGCACUAUCAGUAUUUCUCAGUUCCUGAAUGGACUGGAGGCAUCUACGCCACGCCAACAAUAUGUGGAAGCCGAGCUGGAGCGAACUCUGCAGUUGCUUGGGCAACACUUCUUUCUUUCGGUGUCAACGAGUAUCGGAAGAGAUGUAAGGCGAUAGUUUCAUGCACCAAGAAAUUAGCAAAGGGUAUUGAAAAGAUCGAGGGUAUAGAGUUACAUGGAUCACCAGAUGUGUCAGUCGUGGCCUUCAAGAGCUCACUAUUCAAUAUCUAUGCAGUUAGCGACAAAAUGAACAAACGAGGAUGGAACCUGAAUACUCUACAAAAUCCUAACGCGAUUCACAUCUGUCUUACUUACAACCAUGCUAAUGAUAAAGUUGUUGAAGCGUUUCUAGAAGAGCUUGCAAGCGUUGUUGCUGAAGUUAGCGCUAGCUCGGAUAAAGGAUGCAAGAGUAGUACUGCAGCUCUGUAUGGCAUGGCGGCACAGAUCCCUGACAAGACUCUAGUGGAUGAAAUGGCAUUUGAAUUUCUCGAUGCUUGUUAUGCAAAACCUCCAAAACACUGACUUCUCAGUGCUCACUAAAUUGUCAAGUAUCAUAUCUCAUCGUACAAAUAUAUUUAUGUUCGUCCCUAUGUUCGUCUCACCGUCUGUUACCUCACAGAAUUUUAUUAUCUUUUUUCUAUGCACGUACUUACAAUCGAACAUCAUCAUUAUUAUGCUCAUCGAGUUUGCACGUUUCGUCUUUGUCAAAAAAGUCCAAGCGGUACUGAUUAUGCUACGUGCCAAAGAAAAGUUCACUUUCCAUGUUUCCAGAUUUAAGCACGUUAUCUCUUCUUUUUAUAAAUUUUAACGCUACUGGUCACGUGCCUUGUUAGAACGAAUCACUU